AUGGCAGCACCCCCGCCAGAGAGCUCACGAACCCCGCCAGAUACACCCUUAAGUGAGUUCACGAGGCCUCACAGUGAAUCUAUGGAGGACUCCGAUCUUCCGGCGAACCGGAAACGUCCGCGUCUUGACAGUGGGAGCCGUGAAGGAGAGAGUCUGCCCAUGGACGGGGUCUGCUCUCUCUCAGCCGUACCUGCCGCGGAUAUGGACGUGACGGCCGACCAAGCUCGUCCCAGUAAGGUCACCAUAAACAUGAAGUCGCCAACCUCCGACAUGGCCUCCGAGUCAGCGACCCAGGCCUCGCAAGACACGACAACCUUCAAUGCCCCCCACCCUGAACCCGACAACGUGAUUUCCGUCUCUUCCUCCCCAGUCAACUCUCCUGAAAUCGAGGUUGCCGAACCUGAGGACAUGGAUCAAGAUCCUCGCAUUUCAACAUGGCAGUCGGUAGAAAUGGCGUAUACCUCGGCCGCCGAUCUGCUGGAUGAGUUCCCCAAACUCCGCGACAACACAAGCGCCUUGGACAAUCUUACCAGAAUCACUCAACUGGUUCACAAGUGCGAUCUCCGCGAUGCAAACCUGAUGGGCCGAGUGAAAGUCUGGAUGGAUGAGUGCGUUCGAAGCCUUGACCUGCUCACGAUGGAUGCGGUGAUCGGCGAAUAUCCAUUCUGGGAGGCCCUGCCAACAUUGUUGGAGAGCUUUAUGCGCCGCGACCAAGAACUGCGUAUGGUUGAUGACAAAGGAAUGUGGUCGUGCUUGGAGGAAUUUGCUUUGGACUGGGCCCGGCUCACUUUACACCUGAUGGAGUUGGAUAUGCAAGAGUGGCGUACUUCGAUUGCGCAGCCUGAUGCCCGGGAUGUGGAUUGCAUCUCGGAGCGAUACAUCGAGCCUCUUUCAUGGCUACUCCACGUCCAAAACUUCCCACACUGGCGUGUCCUGGUCAGCUUGUACGAUGACGAACCCUAUGACCUAGUGGCCCGAGUGCGCGCCCAAGUCAUCACCGCCGACACUGUCAAGAAACUCGAUGAGUACACUUCGCUGGUUCUGGCAGUCUCCAAUAAAGCCCCGAGUAUGGCAGUGGUCGCGAGUCCACUUACAGUGCUCGCAAAUGUUAUCCUGGACAAGAGUUUGAAGGAAAAGCAAAGCCCGGCAAGUGAGCCUGACGCUGAAUUGCUCGACCCUUCCAGCCUCCAGAAGAUGCACCAGCUCAUCUGCUCAGUCGACUCCAAGUGGCAAGACUGGGUCUCAAAGAAGUCUUCGAGUGUCCGAAACGAUUUGAGUGAUCAACUUCUGCGCCAACUCAUGCAUAGCCAUAACACUCUUUGUAACCGCGAGGAGAAAUUCCUUCGCCAGCUAGAGGAGUCUUUAUCUCUGGAAGUCCCAGAUGAUAUGGAGGUAAAAGACCGUAUCUUCAUUGCGGUCUGGCGUUGGAAGCUUGAUGUGUUGAAAAGGCAUAUUACUGAAGGUCGAAUGGAGCUUCGAGCUUUCGGCGUUGAGACAAUGCAGUCAGAUCUUGUGCGGCUGUGGCAGAAAUACAUCUCCAAUGACGCGGCUGGGGUUGCAACGCCCUUCAUCCAAUCCAUUGUCCAAUUCAUCCGAUCGACAAAGAUCGUCGAUUACCUCGUGGGGGUCGACUCUCACCCACAGCUGAUAAGCCGGAGCAGCAACAUCGUUGGCUUCUUGAUUGUGACAUCAAGUUAUACAAACGGUGAAACGGACGUCAUCUGGAAAACAGUUACCGAAUCUCAGGACAGUCGAAUUAUCGCUGAAGUUUUGGCCAUGUUGGUCAAGACCUUCUACAUGCAUGUCUCUACCUCUCCAUUGCUACUUUACAUCUGCUCGAAGGUUCUGGAGCUGCCGCUGGAUCGGUUUGAUACUCGAAUGCUCGAUUUCUGCGACAACCUUCUGCGAGUUUUAUUAGACAAGCCAAACAACCAAGCCGGCGAAGACGUGGAUGGUCUUCCACUCCGUUUAUGUGUUCGCCUUAUACGGGAGAGUACUGCGGCCGAGGACAUCCCUGUGGACCAGAAAACGCAAAUGCAGAAUUUUGGCAGCAAAUUUCUUGCUCUGUUUAUCAAGGCUGGGAUCAGUGAAGUCGAUCGCAUGGAGAUCUACGAACGCUGCAUCCAGGACAUUUCCGAAAUGAAUCAAUUCAGCGCGGGCAGCCUCCAAGCACUCAGCGCUCUCGUUCCCCUCCACGAACCCCGAGAGAUUUGGAAGUUGGCAACAGAAUUUGAUUUGACCCGCCUUGUCAUCAACGAUUUGUUACAUGCUGUCAAUGAUGAUAAAUCCGAUUUUUCAAAUAGCUUUUCGUACCAUGGACUCGUUGCACGGUUCAAUAUGUUGUUCCGCCUGAUCGAUAUGGUCCCGGAAACGAUCACGCCAGAACUUGGAGCCUCGCUAUGGAAUGACAUCUUCUUGUCGAAGAAGCUGGGGCGGGGUGGAUUCAAGGCUGUUUGGAAUAUGGUGGUCCAUGCUUUGAGCCGCAGCACAAAGCCUAAUCCAUUCCUGGAACGUUGCAUCUUUGAAUAUUUGCCUGGGAUUCUACCCAGUGACUACUCUUUGGAGGUGCUUAUGUUUGCGAAGCAGUCCAUCAUCUACGAAAUCAGAUUCCACCCGCCCUCUCCGGCAAGUGAGGAUGAGGUUGUCACUAUCCCUGGAAUGGAUCGCAUUUGGUCGAUGAUAUUGACUGCACCGCCUGGUUCCAUCGAAAACGAAGCAAUGAAGCUUGCAAUCGAAGUCUACCUCGAUCAUACAAUCAUCCGCAGCUCCCCACGGUCGGCUGUUGAGGCUACGCAUAUUGCAAUCGCUAAUCGCUGCAUCGACCAGCUCAAUUCUGCCGCGACGACACUGAAAAAUUCCGAGGGAUCAGCCAACAACGGUGACAUCACCAUGCAUGAUAGACUUGGCCCGGAGAUAGGCGCCGACGAGAUCAAGUUCAGGCGGUCUCUGGUGUUCCUCCGUCAAUUCCUCUACGGGCUACGCACUCGGCCUCAUUACAGCCCACCCCGUGCCUCUCCACCUCGUUUACCGGAACGGCCGCUUAAAGGGGAUCUGAUUGAGAUCAACUGGCAAUCCUUUGAUGGCAAUUCAAACUCCAAGAUCAAUACCCUUCGAAUUGGAGAUCUGUCAACCGCAGCAGAGCUGGUUGAACGAUUUUCUCUGGCGACUGGAUUCUCCAAGCUUACAGCAAUUUCAGGCGGGCAGCGGAUUGAUUUACUCAAGGACCCUGAUGCUCCUGUGAAGGAAUUGAAACUUCAACCUGGUCUUUUGAUUAUCCGGAAAGCGCCAGAUUCCCAGGAGGUCGCAAGAGAGAACAAAGGCUCACUGUUCACACCUGUUGAUUUGGAAAUUCUCAAGCAUUUCGAUGAGAUUUACGAGCUUCUCUCUCUGAAAGCCGACCUGGCUCAUGAGAUAUACGAUUUCUUGUCUGUUUUUCCGCCACAAGAGCGAGUCACCUCUCUUGUGAGAUCGACAGAGAUAUCCGAAAAGGAGCUAUUUCCUUUGCAGACCCCUUUCAUUGCAUUUUAUUCAUUUAAUGCAUUAUCUGCCUGUCUUCGUGACGAGGGGAUCGAAGAUAGCCCGGACGUGUCUUUCGUGUCUCAUAGCAUCAACAUCCUUGUCGCGUUUUUGAUGUCUCCGGACCUUUUGAGAUUAAUCCCCCAGGACCGCAUUAUGGUGGCUCUUGCCACCUCAGCAGUGGGUUGUCUCUUAUCUGCGUUUUCUGUCUUUACAUCCAAAUCCGAGAAUACGUGCCUGAUUGACGAUCCGUUUCUUUUUGUGAAACAGCUCCUCAAACUAGUAGACGCUGCCAGGAAGACAGCCACACACCCCACAAAUGCAGCUGGCAUUCAGAAAUUUGUUUGUGACUCUUUCGCCAUUCUUAUCGAAGGCUCGGUGAAAGACCAUAAGUAUUGGACUGCUGUCAAGGGAGAAGUUCAAUUUGAUCAACUCAUCGAAGGAAUGCUUCUACAGGAGGAGUGCCGCCCAGUUCGAAUUGAGGUCGCCGAGAGAAUUCAGACGAUCUGCGGGUCUUCCAAGCUGCAGAAGUACUCGACCAGCAAGGCGAACGAUGCUGCUGAUGCGUUGAUCGAAAGCCCAACGCGUAUCGACAUGCUCGCCACAAUUUGGGAAUCUAUUUCUUUGGCCAUCCCGAAGACGCCACAGUACGCUUUCCAAUCUGCAGAGUUCUUCCAGACAGCAAUGAGGGUCUUCAAUUCCAUUGCCGAUAAAUCCCCUAAAGACGUCUCUUUCAGUCGUUAUUUGCGCCAAUGGAGCGAAGUCAUGUUCCAACACCAAACAGAAGAAUUCGUUGGGCGUGAGAUAGCGGAUGAGUUUAUCUACGGUUUUACUCAUCUGCUGGAACUCUGCAUUGAGCUAGCUGACGCUUGCAAGAUUGAAUUGGAUACCUUCGAUCUUGCAGAGCAAAUACUGGCCAAAUAUCUCUUCCCGGAUCUCACGCCUGAUGGUGCGGACCCCGUUGUGCCACUAGUGCCUGUGAUGCAUUCCGCGACUCGCCAAAAGCUAUACAACAUCGUUCUCCUUUUGUGCAAGCGGAGCAGCUUGGAUACCCUAAGUGCUUUGAAGGUCAUGGACGAGCUUGUACCUCGGGAUGAGUCUUCCGGCUCGAAUUCAAAAAUGAUCAGAGCCCCAGAGGGAUAUGCAGGCUUGAGAAACCUCUCAAAUACCUGCUAUCUGAACUCCUUGAUGACGCAACUCUUCAUGAACGUUGAGUUCCGUGAUUUCAUGCUUCACUUACAUACUGUGGAUUCCCAAUCCUCACAAAAGCUCUUAGACGAGACUCAGAGACUUUUUGCUGAAAUGCAGGAGUGCUGGAGCAAGGAUGUCAACCCAGAGGAGUUUGUUAAAAGUAUUCGGCAUUACGACAACCACCCCAUCGAUGUGACAGUCCAGAUGGACGUCGAUGAAUUUUACAAUCUGCUUUUCGACCGCUGGGAAGCUCAAAUUCUUGAUUCUGAAGACAAGAAAAGAUUCCGCUCCUUCUACGGCGGGCAACUCGUCCAGCAGAUAAAGUCCCAAGAGUGCUCGCACAUCUCUGAGCGACUGGAACCAUUUUCUGCCAUACAAUGCGAUAUUAAGGGCAAGGCUAGCCUUGAAGAGAGUCUACAGGCAUAUGUCGAGGGCGAGAUCAUGCAAGGAGACAAUAAAUAUUCUUGUACGGCAUGUGGUCGUCAUGUUGAUGCGGUUAAGCGGGCCUGCUUGAAGGAUGUCCCAGACAACCUCAUCUUCCACUUGAAGCGAUUCGAUUUUGACAUCACGAAUUUCCAGAGAAGCAAGAUCAACGACGAGUUCCAGUUCCCCCAUCGUAUUGAUAUGUCCCCUUACAAAGUUGAGUAUCUGUCUGACUCCGGCUCAUCCACUGGUCCGGAUGAAUUUGAGUUGGUGGGUGUUUUAGUGCAUACAGGAACAGCGGAAUCAGGGCAUUACUAUUCUUAUACCCGGGAACCCCCGUCGGGGUCCAACACCACCUCCUGGGUAGAGUUUAAUGACUCUGAUGUGAGUCGAUUCGAUCCAUCGACGAUUGCUGACCAAUGCUUUGGUGGGGUGAGCGAUCCACCUCAUUCGAUGGGGGGUGUCCAUCUGAACAAGGCCUGGAAUGCCUAUAUGCUCUUUUACCAACGCGUGUCCACAAUCGACAGAUUGAAGAAGUCUUUUCCGCCGUCAAAGACAAACUAUCCCAUCCAGGUUCCCGUGCCACGUGCUUUGGCAAACAGCAUAUCCCUGGACAAUGAGUUGUUCAUUCGGAAAUAUUGUCUUCUGGAUCCCACUCACAUUAAGUUUACGGCAAAGCUUCUUGAAAUUCGCAGGCGCCAUGCUAAUGACACCCAACACACGCGUCUGCUUGAUGAGUUCGUAAUGUGCGUUGGACUGGAGACUUUUGAGCAGCUGGUAGUACGUACAAAAGACUAUACGGCACACGAAGAGAUUUUCGAAGAGGUUUUUCACACUAUUAGAAAAAACUCGGGUGCAGCACUGAAGGGUCUUGAAUGGGCAUACAGCCGAGAGACAGCACUGCAGAAUAUCAUCCUGCGAAUUGCGAAUCCUGAAAUCCGUGGCCGAGGCAUGUUGAUGAUUAUCGAGUGCGUGAAGACUGCGCUCAACAUGGUGAGGAAUGAUAAUUCCGAAGGUCACGAGCUAGAAAUCGGGAAGCCUCAUGUCGAAACGGCUGUUGAAAGGAUCGUUGUCAAGUUGCACGAUCUGUGGGCUCCGCUUCAGGGCACCCCACGAGCCUGGGAGGACUACUUCGAGUUUAUCCUCAAGCUCAGUGAGGCUGGACCCGAGGUGAUUCAAAUGCUGCUUCGGAACGAAUUUCUUCUUCGCUGUCUCCAGCUUCUUUGGCUCGAGAGAGACGACAAAAAAGACCUCCGGAGGCUGUACCCAGUCUACAUUCGACUGCAGGAGAAAGGCCGGCGUUUCAACCAGCAGAGUAUGAUCAAGGUUUUGUACACUCUUUUGAGCAGUGUGGAAUUGUCUGUUCCCGCACUGCCAGACGAUGCUCCUCGUACCACAGGACCACAUGGCAAAUUCCAUCUCAACUCAUCAGAGAGCGACCUUAUUUGGACACUGGAAGCAGACGGUAGCCUGAGCAUGCUCUUCAGGCUCCUAACUUCGGAACAAUUCAACACUAUGUCGACCGCGUGUAGGAUCAUCGGGCUUUUCACAGCAGCGGAGCCUGAAGCAGGCUUCCUUGCUAGUAUCAUCAAAACCCUCGAAACAGGCCUACGCUUCUCCCCGGCUGAUCUAUGCAUCCCCUUCCUUCUAGCAACGAUUGAGUUCUGCGAGAAUGCUCCUAGUGAAGCAUUCGUCGCUGCUAUGAUCGACUAUGUCGCUCAAGGCGUGGAUUCGAUUAAUAAUUGUGCUGGUUCGGAGCAUUUAGAGUUCUUCCAAACUCUUUCAACGCAAUCUAAUAAGAGGCUAGGACUGGGACCAGACUGGUUUACAUCCGUGAUUAUUGAUAAGCUUCCGGAGUUUGCUCCUACUCUACUUAUGGAUCCCGACCGCCUGACGCGCCAACAAAUGCUUGAGACCAUUAACGGGGCCCUGUUUGCUUCUGAAACUGAUGAACUAGACGACGAUGCGCGCGCAAGAACCAUUCGUGUCGGGCGCGAACUGGCACAGUCAUGCGUGGAAAAAGUCAAACGCAUCUACGCUGUUGAUCAGGCCCAAACUCCGAAUCCCAGAGUGAUUAAAGGCUUCAAACAGGUCAUUCCUUUUUGCCUGCAGAAGUUUUACGAUCCAAGCAGCGAGGAAGAGCAAGAGUUCAUCCAAGAAGCCAAAGGUAUUAUUUCAACCUUCUCGUUCUUAUCUUUGCCAUCGUCUUCCCCGUCUUCUUCUAGCCAGCUAAGCUCCGAGACAGAUAUUGUCGACUUCAUAGAGCAUAUCACCGCGGAAGCAUCCGACGACCUUGUUUCAGAACCAGAAGUGCCAUCGCCAGAGGAGUGGGAAGCUACGUCUAUCUUGGCUAGCGAUUCCGAGAUGGGGAUCGCAGGUUCACCUCCAUAA